AUCAGAGAUAGGAGAUCUUAAUAUUGAAAAUGAUAAUAUAGUUCAGAACUACAUAGAGAAUAAUAAUUUUUAUUAUGACUAGAUGCCAAGAGUUAGUGAAACCCAUAUUGAGUAAUUGACAUACCGAUCUCUUGGUAAAACGUACCCUAUUUUAACUGCUGGGUAUACUGUCCAAUUAUUCCAGUUCUUAUGGUACUACUAAUUAUAAUAAUAAUUAUAUAAUAUAAAAGUACCAAUAGCUUUAUAGUCUUUAUUUCAAUAUACAGGCUUGCAACCCAUCAAAUACCCAUACGAUGUGAACCAUACCCAUUGACCUUGAAAUCACUACUUUCAUUACAAGUUGUUAGACUGCAAAGCUUCUCAGGAAAUAUUUCGCACUUUUGAUAAACCACACAGUCCAAGGAUAAGCUGCUCCCGUAUCUCUUUAGCCACAUAUAAUAACUUAUUUUGUCCGAUAUAUAAGUUAGGACUGCAUCACCUAGCUUGGGAUUUUGGAGAGGUCAAUCCAUUAGUCCAGCGAUCACUACUUUAUGAGUGUAUCCGGCUUCAGUUCUUUCGGUUGAGUUGACUUGGCUCAAAAAUUACAUGCCGGUAGUAUGUCUUCUACCCCAAGGUCGCUCUACCUGUAUCUUUCGAGGUGUAUCAAAUGCACACGGACGCGACCUGCCACCAUGGCAAUAGCCGUCACAGAGACGUGUGAAUAGCGGUUACCGAAAUGGACUCUGCGACUCAUUGUUGCGUCAGUUUCCACAGCAGUUGAUGCUUUUAUGGAUUUGACACCUUGACACCCUUCAAUUUAUCAUAAUAUUAUGUUACUCAGGCAGAUAACAAGUUCAACCCAAGUGCUGAGUAAUCUGAGCCUUGACAAUCCUCACCCGUGAAUUAAAUUCUUAGCGGCAAACUGUCGACUAUUCUAAUCCAGUUCCGGGCUCUACCCAUCCUGACAGCUAGCACCUCGCCUUCCUCAUCCCACGCACACACUCUCUCUCUCACCCUUCGCGCCCCCACCGCUUGGUUCCACUCCCCUCGCCCAGCUCACUAUUCACCAUCAGUCCACGAUAGAAUCGCCCGACAUUCCUCUUCCACCAUUUCUUCCUUUACAUCAAUUGCCAUUGUGAUAUAAGUUAAAGCGGCGGACAUGUCAUCCUCCAAUAAAAUUGGAGAGUCCACCCAUGUUAAACCCGACAUUAGCCCUUGCGAUGCGCCUGAAAUAAGGGGCAUUGUAGGGCAAAAGGAAAACUGGGGAGGGUGGGCGACUACUUUAAACGAUGCGGUAAGUUUUUGUCGUUCACCACCGUAUUUAUGGCGUCUAUUCUAAUGCGACUCUGGCAGCCCAUCUUUGAAUAUAUUAUGCGCCAGGUUGGUUGUGAAAGUGUCGCCGUGAGAGAACUUUAUUCUAUGGAGGAGGAUUACCUCCGAGAGGAGAAGUAGGUCGUUAGAAUGCCAUGCGAUUUGCGCCGAGCAUUAUUGCUAAUCAAUCCAAAUUAUCAGAUCUUGCUUUGGUAUUAUUUUUCUCAUGCCAUAUAAUGAGCAUUACGAAACUCAAGCGGGGGAGGAACUGGCGAACCUCCCUGCUGGAAUGUGGUAUAGUAACCAAGUACGAUAUCUCCCUCCUGCCCAACAGCUUCCUCCCCUCUGACACCUACCUUAUCUAUAGAUUGCCGAUAAUGCCUGCGCCUCGUAUGCGCUGCUAAACAUCUUGAUGAACCUCGACAACGUACCCUUGGGCACACAACUCGAGGGUUUCCGCGAGUUCACCCUUGGGCUCCUGCCCCCUCACAGGGGCCAGGCAGUCGAUGGAUUUAAAUCAAUCAAGAAUGCGCACAACUCAUUCUGCUUCCGUUACGAAAUUGAGGAGGCGGAUCUGAUCCUCUACGAGGAAGCCGUUGGGGACUCGGACUCCAAGUCCGAACUAAAACCUAGGGACAAUCAUAAGCGUAAAAAGGCCAAAGAGAGCGAGGCAGAUGUAGCACAGGACCAGGCCGACCAAAUCGAUGGUCCUCACCAUUACAUCGCAUAUGUCCAAGUAGGAGGUUGCCUGUGGGAAUUGGACGGUCUCAAACAAACACCAUUCAAAGUGGGAGAUUGCGACAAUGAAAACUUUGCAGUCUGCGUCGGCAGUCGUAUGCGUGAAUUGACUUCCAGGUGCUCUGAUUUGAGCAUCGACUUCGGCAUAUUCGCUCUUGAACCUGCAAAGGCACCUCAAUUAGACAAGCAACAUCAGGCCAACGCGAGGGAGAUAGGCGCCAUCGAGCGCAAGCUACAGGAUACGGAUCCUCACUCUUCCUUGGGCACGGGAGAUCUAUUAUCGGGCCUCUUAAUUCUCCCUCCCCUCGAUACGGAUGAUUUUGGACAUCAAGAUGGGAUGGCGGCAGAGCGACUAGUGGAACUCCGCACCAGUUUGAUCCAGGAGCAGAAGAAAAUCGAGGCUGAAAAGGAUAGACUUUUCAAUGAAGAGUCUAGAAAGGCUUUGGAGCUGGCAAGAAACCGGCACGAUUACGAACCGUUCAUCCUCACAAUGGCAACGAUGGUCUGGGAGAAACAGCAAGCCCAGCCAAAAACAAACAAUAAACCAAAGAAAAAAGGAAGGAAAGGACGUUGAUACUUAUCCCGUCCAAUCCCUUACUCUUUUCCUGUCACCUUCCUUGCAUCCCGGCUUUCCAGAUUCACCUGUUUUGUUUUCUUGUUAAAUGGCAUGCUGAACCGGCCGGCUUGGUUUGGUUUAGUUCGGUUCCGUUUGCUAUGCUUUUCCCUCUGGCUUCUGCCUUUUACGUCGUCUUCACGAUUAAGCUUUUAGGACCGUUCUAUCCGGCUUGUGCUUCCCAGGUUGGAGUGCUUCGGCAUGCGUCGGUCAAGUGUUCUGCAACAAUCUGUCUAAUUCUGUUUGGGCAAUUACCGGUAUUUGGUUGAUUCUCCUCUUCAUUUGGGGUGUCCCAUUCUUUGUUUCCGUCUUCACGGGGGGGCCAUUCCCCCUAGACACAUAUAUUCUUCUUUUCAAGUUUUACAUUCCACCGCAUUGUCUGUUGCAGUAGUUCUGUUCGCCUGCGAGUUGGUUGUCUUUACGCCCGCUUUUUGUGUCCCCAUCUUUUCCACUUAUCUCUCAAAGAACCCUCCUUGUGGUAACUCGUACUGUACUUCGCGGGGAGGAAAAUGUAUAGCCAAGUCUCGGCUAUCAAACAUAGAUAUUCUGUUGGCCAUAUUCGCCAUACUUCCUCCUACCCCGAAGCAUGAUAAACCAUCUCACUUUCACCUUAUUCUUUUUUUCUUUUUUUCCCUUUACAACUCUCAUCAACACCCCCUUUCUCUCCCGACCCACUCUAUCAGGUUUGCCGGCUUUUAUUCUGCUCUCCAGGCUCUUUCGCUCUACUAUACUGUACUCUAGCCAAACGAGCAAUAAAUAAUGAUAAGAAACAAAGCACCAAGCCCGUAGCCAAAAUGCCAUCACAACCUAUCACUCAUUCACUACUACUAUAGCAAGAAAUAGCUCAUGCGUCCACAGCGCGCCAACCCUGCACCGAACAUCCCAUUCUAUUCGUACAGUACAGUACUCACAUACCCUAAUUAGCCAAGAACGCCUCCACCAGUUGAUACCUUGCUUGGGUCCUCCCCAGAUAUUUGAGAAAACAUUUGAAAUCCGGUCGAUGGCAAGGGUAAGCUUGUCAACCGGCAGGCACCAUCGGUGAGGUCAACACACCCAAUUACAAAUAGCAAACCGCGAUCCCUUUCCCCCCAAUACC